UACAAUCAGCUGUUUUCAAAUAACAAUUCACUCUGAAUGUGUUCUAUAUUUAUUUUAAUUCCACUAUUAGUUUAAUGACAGUAAUUUAAUUUAUAAAGUUCACAAAAUGUUUAAAUUUUUGAAACAAUGUCAGAAAUUUCGAUUAGAAAAUUUAGGAAUACAACAAUUAGUUGAAAAUUAUUCAACAACAAUAUCAUCAAAUCCAAUAACACGUAAAUCAUCAUGCGAUUAUCAUCAUACACAAACCUAUGGCCAACCAACCCCACAAACUCAUCCGCAUCUGAUAAAACCUGGAGAAUUGGUACCUGGAAUAAAGUUAGAAGAGUUUAAAACCCGUAGAACAAAAUUAGCAGAUUAUAUAUUUAAAAAUUAUACUUCAAAAGAUUUAAAUUCUCAUAUUAUUAUAAUACCAUCAGCUAGUAAAGUCUACAUGUCUGAUAAAAUACCGUACGUAUUUCGUCAAAACACUGAUUUUUUAUAUUUCACUGGCUGCCAGGAACCUGACAGUGUUCUGGUGAUGACAAUAGACAAUGAAAAAGUAACGUGUACUUUAUUUGUACAAAAAAAAGAUCCGAAAUCUGAACUUUGGGACGGACCGCGUACUGGAACUGAAGCUGCUGCUGAAAUGUUUGGAAUCGACCAAUCGCUACCGGUAUCCGAUUUUGAAUCGUAUCUAAACUCGCUGAUUACCAAAUAUAAAUCAAACGCAUCAGUCUGGUAUGACAAUAACGAUAUUAUUAAUAAUGAAUUUCAUAAAAAAAUAUCACAAUUAGGGAUCACGUCAGGAACAGCGCGCUGUCGUUUGUCUUCGACGUCAAUUAAAAAUGUUUUUCAUCAAAUACGUAUGAUUAAAUCAUCUGCAGAGAUUGAAUUGAUGCAAAAAAGUUGUGAUAUUGCGUCAGAAGCUAUUGUCAAAACAAUAAAAAUAUCAAAACCUGGUAUGACUGAGCAUCAAUUAUUUGCUACCGUUGAUUAUGAAUCUCGUAUGAGUGGUGCUGAAUUUUUAGCAUAUCCUCCAGUAGUUGCUGGUGGUAAAAAUGCUAAUAUUAUACAUUACAUUACUAAUAAUCAAGUUUUGUAUGACGGCGACAUGGUUUUAAUGGAUGCUGGGUGUGAGUAUCGUGGAUACUCAUCAGACAUAACAAGGACCUGGCCUGUUAAUGGUACAUUUAAUCCGCAACAAAAAAUCCUUUAUGAAGUAGUACUCGAAAUACAAAAAUCACUUAUAAAUAAAUUAAAAGAGCUUCCAACUUUAGAUGAAUUAUUUUAUGACAUGUGUGAUUUAUUGGGUAAAAGAUUGCAAGAGAUUGGUCUUAUACCAAAAAAUAUAUCAGAUGAUAAAUUGGUAUCAGCUGCUUUUACUUACUGUCCACAUCAUGUUAGUCAUUAUUUAGGAAUGGAUGUUCAUGACACAGGUAAAAUUUCACGAAGUGUUAAAACACAACCAGGAAUGAUUGUCACCGUUGAACCUGGCAUAUAUGUCAGUCCAAAAAAUGAAUUAGCACCACCGGAAUUUCAUAAUCUGGGUAUACGUAUUGAAGACGAUGUAUUAAUUAAAGACGGAGAACCACUUGUUCUUACACGAAAUUGUCCUAAAGAAAUUGUUGAUAUUGAAGCGUUAUCUAAAUUUAAUCAAUCGUAAAUUAAAUUUAUGAUAUUUGUUAAUAAUAAUAUUUAUUUAAUAAUUACUGUAAAGAAAAAGUAAAUCAAACUGAGCGGUUGUUUGUUGUAAAAAUAUUUUAUUCGAAUAAUUGUUUUACAGGAAACA